AUGUCAGAGAUUGAAAUUUAUGAAGAUCCCAUUAUAUUACUUGCCAAUGAUCCUGAUUUGAAUAAGGAGAAGGCUAAAUCUGCCAAAUUAGUAGAAUUAAUUCAUAAUUUCCCCUUGACUGAGAGGAAAGUUUCAAAAUUAUGUUCAUUAUCAUUGAUAAUUUUACAAAAUUUGGAAAAGAUAGAAUUAAAUUUGAAAAGUUGGGCAUUUUUAUCAUUAGAUAUUAAUUCUAAUGAUCAUUUUAAUAAUGAAACUGAUAGCAUUAAAGAUUUCAAUAAUAGUAUUUCAAUCAAAGUUUUACAAGAAUGUAAAGUUUUGAAUGUUAAAUUAGGUAAGAUUUCCAAUGAUUUAGAUCAUAUUACUAAAGAACUGAGAACUUUAAGUCCUAUUGAAUACAUUUCUGAUUCAGGUACUUUACUUACAUCCUUAAAUUUGAGGAAUAUUAAAUUGAAAUUUGAAUUAACGGAUAAGAUAACUGUUUCAUACCUGAAAGCUAAAUUGAUUAAUAUUGGAAUGGAACUAGAAUUAAUGUUGAUAGAUGAUGAUGAAGAUUUAUCAACCAUCAAUACUUAUAAGACAUUUGUUGCCAAUUUAUUGAAACAAUUGAAUAAUACUAUUGAUAAUGAAGAUAUGACAGGAAAAACUGAAUGUUUAGCAGUGAUUAAUGAUAUGGAGAAGAUGUUUGACGCGUUCAAAUUAGAAAAACUCCAAGCUAAUGAAUUACAAUUACAAAAGGAAAGAGAAGAAUUAGAGAAAGAGAAAGAAAUUCAAAGAGAAAGAGAAUCUCAUCAAAGGAAAUUGGAGAGACAAAGAUAUAAAUCUCCUGAACCUUAUGUGAAUAUUAAAUAUGAACAACCAAGUUCAAAUUCUCAUUCUCAUUCCCAUUCACGUUCAAAUUCAGAUUCUCCAAUUUAUCCUCCAAGAAAUAUUGAUGAUGUGGUAGAUGAUGAUAGUUCUUAUGAUUCAGAUAUGGGAUCAUCAAUGGGAAGUUCUAUGUUUACUUACAAUUCUCCAAUGAUUCAUUCAAUUACCAAAUCACAACCCACGUCUCAAUUACAUCCUAUUAAAGAAGAUAUGAUGAAUUCAUCUAUUUUACAUAAAACAACCCUUUCAGAAGAAAUGCCUUAUUUAUUAUCAGCAUUUAAUCUGGCUAAAAAUGUCGAGGAAGAUAUCAAAAAUUUCAAAGAAGAAACUCCUGAAUCCAAAUCCAAAAAAUCCAAGGCUAAACCUAAAUCACCUCUUUCAAAAGAAACUGAAGAUUCAGAUGAUCAUAGUUUACAUUUUUCAAAAUCACAUUUACCAGAAACUCAAUUGACAUCUCAAAGUACAUUAUUACCAUCCCCCUCACCUUAUUCAUAUUUAUAUUCCAAUAAUUCAUUAUUAUCUCGUUUAGGUAUAAAACCACAAGUUAUAACAACAGAAAUUCCAAAAGACACCAGUUUAUCGUUGAACACUACUUCGAAUAUUCAACAAUUUAAGAAACCUUUGAUCAAGAAUGAUGAUAAUGAAAAGAAUGAUAAAGAGAACCUUCCUUUAACUCAAAUGAAUUUAAGAAAUCAUCUUUCAAGUUUAAGUAUCAAACCUAAUGAAUUUAAUGACCAAGUCGAAUAG